CUCAGUUCAGAGAAACAGAAACUCAAGUGUUGUUGAGCUGUUGUGUGUUUGUGUCUCUGUAUUCAGUAAAAUGGCAGAAGCUAGAUUUUCUCAGGAUGAGUUCAUGUGUUCAGUGUGUCUGGAUCUCCUGAAGGAUCCAGUGACUAUCCACUGUGGACACAGUUACUGUAAGAUCUGUAUUACAGACUGCUGGGAUCAGGAGGAUGAGAAGAGCGUCUACAGCUGCCCUCAGUGCAGACAGACCUUCAGUCCAAGACCUGCUUUAGGGAAAAACACCAUUCUGGCUGAACUGGUGGAGAAACUGAAGAAGACUAAACUUCCUGCUGACUGUUACGCUGGAGCUGGAGACGUGGAGUGUGACGUCUGUACUGGAAGAAAACACAAAGCCGUCAAGUCCUGUCUGGUGUGUCAGGAGUCUUACUGUCAAACUCAUUUUGACCGUCAUGAGGAACUUUUCUCUCGUAAACCACACAAAGUGAUUGAUGCCACUGGACGACUGCAGGACAUGAUCUGCCGUAAACAUGAUAAAGAGCUAGAAAUGUUCUGUAUCACUGAUCAACAGUGCAUCUGUGUGUGGUGUAAAGAGUAUGAACAUAAAAACCACAACACUGUAUCAACUGCAGCACAGAGGACAGAGAAACAGAAACAGCUGAAGGAGACGCAGAUGAAGAUCCGUCAGAGAAUCCAGCAGAGACAGAAAGAUCUUCAUCAGCUGAGAGAGGAUGUGAAGUCUCAUAAGCGCUCUGCACACACAGCAGUGGAGGACAGUGAGAAGAUCUUCACUGAGAUCAUCCGCUCCAUUGAGAGAAGCCGCUCUGAGGCGACACAGCGGAUCAGAGAUCAGGAAAAGACUGCAGUGAGUCGAGCUGAAGGACGACUGGAGCGACUGGAGCAGGAGAUCAAUGAUCUGAGGAGGAGAGACGCUGAGCUGGAGCAGCUUUCACACACACAAGAUCACAUCCAGUUCCUGCAGAGUUUCCAGUCUCUCUCAGCUCCUCCUGAAUCUACAGACGAACCCGACGUUCCCUUCGGUUCUCUCUCCUCUUUUGAUGGCGUGAGAGAAUCUGUCCGUCAGCUGAGAGACAAACUGGAGGAUUUCUGCAAAGAGGAGAUCAAGAAGAUCUCAGACGGAGUCACUUUCACCAACAUGAAUCCCAAGACCAGGAACGACUUCCUACAAUAUUCCCAUCAGCUCACUCCGGAUCUGAACACAGUGAAUAAACACAUCCGUCUGUCUGAGAGGAACAGAGUUAUUACUCACACUGACACAGAGCAGUCGUAUCCUGAUCAUCCAGACAGAUUUAAGUGUUAUCCUCAGGUGUUGUGUAGAGAGAGUGUGUGUGGACGCUGUUACUGGGAGAUUGAGUGGACUGGAGAUGAUGGUGUGUUUAUAUCAGUGUCAUAUAAGAUCAUCAGCAGGAAGGGAUCGGGUAAUGAGCACGUGUUUGGAGGUAAUGAUCAGUCCUGGAGUUUGUUCUGCUCUUCCUCCAGUUACUCAUUUUGUCACAAUAACAUACGCACUGAUCUCCCUGUAAAGCCCAUCGGCAGAAGAAUAGGAGUGUGUGUGGAUCACAGUGCAGGAACUCUGUCCUUCUACAGCGUCUCUGACACAAUGAGCCUCAUCCACACAGUCCAGACCACAUUCACUCAGCCGCUCUAUCCUGGGUUUUAUGUUUAUUCUGGCUCAUCAGUGAAACUGUGUUGAUGUUUCAGAACAGAUUUAGAGAGAUUUUACCCAUAAUACUUUGAGCCGCACGAUAAACCAGUAACAGUGAGAUGUUAUAGAGACUCUUAUUUCCUCUUCAUUACAUUAAUACUGAUGAACUUCACUGAAAUAAAACAGUAUAAAUGUGUGCAUCAAAUACUCAUAGAGACAGUUUGAGUGACAUAAUGAAGUAUUUUUUAUUAUUACUAUCAAAAGAAUCUCUCAGUUGAAAUGAUCAAACACAGGUUCAUUACUGAAUGAACAGAUUGAGGAUCGUGUGGUUUUGAAGGAAAUAACAGAACUGGUUGUGAACAAUGUAAGGAGUGAAGAUGUGGAAAUGACAUUAGUAGUGGAGAAAAUAAUGCUGGAAAACAAUCACAGUUCAAAAUGUGAGGAAAAUUGUGAUGCAGAAGAUGAGGGAUGAAGAAGCACUUUCUGAGAUUUCAGAUAUUGGGUCACAAGGCAUUGAAAUCAUGAACUCUAGAAGAAAUAAAGGACUUUCACAACGUUUGAUAAAGUUGUUCAUGAAAUAAUUAUU